UUAGUUAUACGCGAGACUCGGGUGUGUGUGAACAACAACGCUGCAUUUAUCUGCGGAAAAUAACAUUUGAUAUGCCUCCAACAAACCAGGUGCACAUUGCAGCAUCCUGAUGCUAUGUGCAUAUGCCACAGUCAGUAGUUUGCAUGAAUGUGAAAUAUUACCGUUCGUGAUAAAACAGUUGUUAAAAAAAUGUUUCUGUCUUUAGCCGCUGAAAAAGGCAUCACUAGCCUAGUGAUACGCGAAUAGUUGUACACUGGACACGUCCAGAAACUGAGAAAAAGCAAAGCAACUGCCGAUAAGCUACGCUUUUAAAUGCGUACAAACACUCAAGUUUGAGGAUCAAAACAUUUUUAAACUCAAUAAAUCAAUAUUUUCCAAUUAUGAACACUAAACCGCCGCUUCAAGUUUCGAAUUUUAUUGGCGGUGGUAGCACAUCGCGACCACAAAGUCCGUCGCUUUGUUUUUCUACCACAUCAUCCAAGAUAGAUAAAAAUGAAUCGGUAUCUCUCUGCGGAUGUCAGCAAGCCCCGAAAUCUCAAUGCGCUUCCGCGCUAGGUGUUUUCGUGCUGGUUUUAGCGUACACUGCGCUUGGAUCUGUACUUUUCGUCACACUUGAAGGAGAUGGGGAAGAUGGCGAUAUUAUUGAGACUUCUGUUGCUGCAUCCAAACCAUAUCCUAGACACGAGUUAGUUAGUGCAGAAAUGCGCCUUAAAACUGUGGAUCGGUUAUGGUCGAUUACUGAGGAUUUAAACAUACUUUAUAAAGAAAAUUGGACUCGUUUGGCUGCCCAGGAAGUCUUACAUUUUCAGGAUACAAUAAUACGUGCGGUACGAGCAUCUCGUACCCAGCAGGUGACCAAUGUACAGCAAAAUACACGACCUUACAAAUGGACUUUCGCUUCCGCUUUCCUUUACUCGUUAACAUUGAUAACCACAAUAGGUUUUAGCGGCAUUUCUCCACGAACUCAAUGGGGACGUGUAGCGGCAUUGAUCUAUGCACUUUUUGGUAUACCCAUCAUACUACUAUACCUUUCAGCCAUUGGGGAAGGCUUAUCGAGCGGUAUGCGAUGUCUCUUUCGUCGGCUACGACCCAAUCGUUCUCCUUCUGGGAGUACCAACAAUAGCAACAGCAGCAAUUCAAGCAUUGGCAGUGUCAGCGUUCCCAUGAGCAGCAAAGCAACCGUAGCCGAGCUGCAGAAACGGUCGCAACAACAGAGCUACCAUCAAUCCUGGAACCACGGUGGCUCUACCAUUCAUGAUCCCUGCGCAUACGCCCUCAACGCUCAUGGUUUGCGUGGGGGGAUGGCUACAAACAGUAAAAUGCACUCCCAGUCCGUUGUACCAAUAUCGAUCUGCAUUAUGAUAUUGAUUUGUUAUAUUACCCUCGGGGCGGUACUGUUUCAUAAACUGCAGCCUUGGGGAGUUUUAGAGAGUCUUUACUUUUGUUUCACCUCCCUUGGUACUAUCGGAUUUGGCGAUCUCAUGCCAAAAGGCACUGUUGCACAAUACGCAGCAUCAGCAUACAUCAUUAUUGGCAUGGCUGUCGUGGCGAUGUGCUUCAGUCUCAUUCAAACGGAGCUCAUUAUUUGGUUGAAGAAGUUUACUAUCCCCGAAUCACUUCCUACAUCCACGGAGGAUGUUGCUCUCGUCUCAGUAGCUAUGACACCGAUAAAAUCUUGACAACGACCAAAUGAUCUCAUUCCCAACGAAUACAACUCUCUUCCGCGCCGUUCUAGCGCAUUUCAUCGCAACACUCCGGCACGACGCUCUGCUGGUAUUAUGGAGAAUCACAUGGAAUAUUUCGUACCACGAAGCGUAAGUGAAUUCAAUCUGUCGGGUGUAGGUGAUCUAGCGCUUCCUCCAGCUAAACGCAACCUCUCUACGCAACACGCAGCUAGCUCUACCAUGCUAGCCGCACCAAAGCCACGAGAGAAAAUGGUAACGUUUGAGGACGAAUCAAAAUUUUUGCAUGGCUUGCCUACCACACCGAGAAAGCCGACCCUGACCAACGAUGUGUUUAUGUGACGUGACGGGUCCGGUAAUGGUGAGACGCCUCCGUCGAACCAGUAUCCUAAUGAUGUGAUUAAGGUUUGAUAUUGCUAGAAAACCAAGAUCGCUUUGCCUGCUUUUAAUUUAUUUAAUUCAUAAUUACCAAAAGCUUGUUUUCGCAACUCCAAUGGCGAACGCAAUCAGAUCGAUAAAACGGCAAGUGAAUGUAUAUCACGUGUGAAUAGAGACAUAAUGAAAGUUUUAAUAAUCCAAAUCAUCCAAAUGAUGUUUGAUAUGCUUCAUAUUCAUUUUUUCCUUGCAAAAUAACGCUACAGAAGUUUGCGAAUUUAUCCAAAAGACCAACCAUUCCGAUAACAUCUCAUGCGCUACAUUAAGAAUGAACGGGUCUACAAUAUUAGGUUCAUUGAGGAGGUAAAAAUCGUGCCAAAUAUUACGUGCAAAGUAGGUAGUAAAUAAGUGAGUGAGACUAAACAAGCAUUCCUUGAAUAGUGACAUUCAUUGAAUAUGAAGUGAACGAAAAUCUGUACUGCACUAUCAUAACUAAUUGAACCCCGUUAAUAACGUCGAUCAACACUGUACAUAUUUUGUUGUAAAAUUGUGAGGCCAAUAAAAACCAAAUUUACAUAGAUAAA